AUGGAAAGUGACGAUAAAAGUGAUAUAAAAAUCAAGGAAAAACUCAACCUUCAUGUGAAGAAGCGUUUGCAAGAAACGGUCAAAGAUUCGCCACACGAUAAACAUGAGCCCAAGGACAAAAACAGCUCUACCGCAGGGGCCAAUGCAACCGGUGCUCCAAGAACGAAAAGACAGAAAUCCAAGAAUGGUUCUAAGAAUACAUCAAAUGCACCAGCAACUGCAGUCGUUUCGUCUACACCUGCGACAGGUAUUCGAACAAACGAUCUGCUUCUGUCGCCUGGUGCAGCAAACAGUAAUGAUACGACCAACAGCAGCAUCAAUUCAACCGAUCAGGACGGAGAGUUGAACGACCGGGAAGCAUGUGACAAGGGUGAUAGGCCGGCCAAACCCAGCCAACGAAUGGACAUAUUUGCGAUGAUAUUAAAUCAAAAGAAAAGCUCCCUGAUGUGUGAUCCUGAGGUGAUCCAGUUUAUGAAAAGUCUCACUGAAAGCAAAAAAUAA